GUUUAGGGUGGACGACGACGGAGACAGGGUCGGGGAAUGGGGGAGGGGGGCAGAACAACAAUACUGGGAGCUCGGGAUGGACCACGGCGGAGACUGGAGGCGGAGGAUUUUCUGGGACGCUGAGAGCUGAAGGUGCGCCUGCUGAGGGGGGAGAUGUGCAUAUGGGGAGCUCGACAGCAGAUGGUUCGGGUGUGGGAGCGAGGUGGGGCGGUGCUCCGGAAAACGGUGGUGGUAAUGACAAUGGAGGCGGCUAUAAUAAUGGCAGCAACUACAACCAUGGUCACAACAACGAUUAUCGUCGCGGGCGGGGACGUGGAGGGAGAGGUGAGUGGUGGGGAGAUAGAGGAGGCAUCAGGGGUGGCAGAGGCGGCAGGGGAGGCAGGGGAGAUUGGGGUGUCAGAGGAGACAGAGGAGGCAGAGGAGGCAGAGGAGAUUUGGGUAUCAGAGGAGGCAGACGAGGAAAGGGCGGCAGAGGAGGCAGAGGGGCAUGGGGUGGUCAAGGAGACACUCACGAAGCGCCAAACACACAUAGCUCGUCGGGUUGGGGCGAAACGGGCAAUAACUCUACAAAUCAAACCGGAUGGGGACAAGGCACAGAGACGCAUAUCACGGCAAACACAGAUGCAUCGUCGGCCUGGGGAGGGACAAGCACCAAUGCCGUGGGAAUAAAUAAUAGCACCGAAAGCCGGGGCAACGAUGGGGAUGCCAACAGUGGCUGGGGCGUCAACAAUAGCGUUCCUCAGACGGUAUGGACUAGCACUGAGAUUGAGAGGAAUAAACGCCCCCCAGAUCAGAGUGCAGGCAACGCAGCGAAGAAAUUGAAGUCCUACGUCCUCCACGAGCUGGAGCAGGUGCGCCGGCGGGUCGAGGA